GAGCUUCAAGUCCCCAACAUGCCAACCAGCAGUGUGUAUGAUGGGAUUAACAACAAGAACAACAAACGUCCUCGGGCAAGCAACACGACCAGACAUGGACUUCAGCGGCACUUGGAAAGUUUAUUCUGAGGAAAACCUUGAGGAGUUCUUAAAAGUAGUAGGUGCACCUGAAAUGAUUGUCAAAAUGCGAAAGGAACUCAAACCAGUGUUGGUGAUCGAGCAGAAUGGCAAAGACUUCACCUACACAAUGAAGACUCCCAUUGGCACCAAAGUCCACUCAUUCAGCCUAGGAAAGGAAUCUGAGAUGACUACUGUGGAUGGCAGGAAGAUUAAGUGCACCGUCAGAGAGGAGGACGGGAAGCUGAUUGCUGAGAAUGAAAAGUUCACCUCUGUCAGAGAGAUCCAAGAGGACGACAUGGUUGAGACUAUCACUGCUGGCUCCGUAACUUUCAUCAGCAGAAGCAAACGAGUCUGACCCUCACCUGGCAGCUGACGGAUCCCUUUUACACCUUUUCAACUUCAAGCAGGGAGCCAUGGGGAAAUAACACAAUAAAAUGUUAUUUUUUUAUUUAUACAUUUAUGAAUACAUUUGAAUGAUUAAAUAAA